AUGGUGCGCCGACUCAAGAAAAAUGUUCUGACCCAGCUACCUCCGAAACGAAGGCAGAAAAUCUCAUUUGAACUGAAACAGUCAGAGUAUACAAAGGAGGUUGAUGAGCUGUGGAAAGAGAUGAAUCAGUCGAAGGAUAAAAACAAGAUUCAGCAGAUAAUGCAGAGAGUUGGUUACCAUGGUAACAACAACAGUGGAGGAGACAAUGACAAAUACAAAGAUGUCCGAGUUCUUGCAGGAAGCCUGUAUACAAUUACUUGUAAAGCUAAAAUAGGUCCAGUGAAUGACUACAUAGAGGACCUACUGAGAAAUGAUGGCUUGAAGUUCAUUGUGUUCUGCUACCACCAUGACAUGAUGAAUGGGAUAUCAUGUAUGCUCAGAAAAUCUAAAGUCAAGUUUAUCCGAAUAGAUGGCAGUGUUCCCACUGAAUUAAGACAUGCUCAUGUUGCACAGUUCCAGAAUGAUAAAGCAACCAGAGUUGCUGUACUAAGUAUUGGAGCAUGUGGCACAGGCAUCACCUUAACUGAAGCCAGCUUGGUUGUGUUCGCUGAACUUGACUGGACCCCAGGUGUGUUAGAACAAUGUGAGGACAGAGCUCAUAGGAUUGGUCAGAAACAGGCCGUCAAUGUGCACUACCUUGUUGCCAAAGGUAUAUUGGAUGAAUGGCUGUGGUCAGCACUGUCUAGAAAGAUGACUGUGAUCACCACCACACUGAAUGGAAAGACGCAGGUAUUGAAGAUGGAUGACCCCACUAGCCAGGCUACAGUGGAGAAACUUUCUAAGGCUGAGGCUUACAUAAUACCUGAGCAUGAAGACAAAGAAGAGGAAGAUAUUGCCACUUUCUUUCAGUCCCAACAACCAUCUGGCCAGAAGUCAUUAUUUGACUACUUCACUCCAGGCUCUAAAGAUAAGCAAGCAACAGUUAUCAACGAAACCCCUACAUCUUUACCCAGUAUUAAAGUAGCAAAGAGAAAACGUCGCAAAUUCAAGCAGAUAUUAAAUGAAGAGGAACUUGAAUCAGAUAAUGAGGUUGCUGGUGCAAAGAAAUUUAAAAUGGAGGAUAAUCAAUCAGGAGUGAAUGCUAUCCAAGAUUUGAUUGGUAGUUCAAGUGACAGUGACCUUUCUGAUAACACAGAGAUCCUUUCCAACAAUGAUAUGGAUUCACCAGAGGUCACUAGUAAUAGACAAGAGGAUGGUGAAUCCAAUAACAAACAACAUGAGCAUCGGCCAUCUAUCUCAACACACAGCAAUAUUGAAGAUCAAUUUAUAAAUCUAGCUGAAAAUCACAUUCUUCAAGAGGAGUCUAGUCAAUCAACCAAUAGAAACACUGAAAGUUCUUUUGUCCUUGCCAAGGAUAGUCAAGAUGAGUAUGGUUACCCUGAUGAUGACUGUGACAUUUCAUAUGGAGAUACACAGACCUCACAGGAACAUGUCAAAGUAGUGCCAGAAUCUCAAGAUACCGAUGAUAAUGAUGAACUUAUGGAUGAAAUUCACAAGUCGACAUCAGAUAAACUCCAAGCUAAGUCAGAUCCUAAACAGUCAAUAAAUAAUAAACAAAAUGGAGCAUUGGAAACGAGUAUUGAUGAAGAUUUUCAGACAACUCCUAAAUAUAGUUUCCCCUCCAAAACUGUUGCCAAAACCCCCAAAAGCAGAGGAAGAAAAAGAAAAUUGACACAGAACACCCCUGCAUCAGACACCAACGACAAAAUCAAAGACUGGAGCUGUCAUAUGUGCACAUAUCUGAACCAUACAGAUUUGCCCUAUUGUGAAAUAUGCAGCACACCCAAACAAAAGACCAGGCCAAAGAGACAGUUAUCAGGUACAUAUUGUACAGUAUGCAAAGGUGAAUGUGUCUCAGAGCAUUCUCCCUCGAUACAUCAGAAAACCAAAAGCCCUAAAAAUAGAAUUUCUACACCAAAGCGUAGUCAGAAUGAACUGAGUACUAUCACCCCAAAGCAUAACUCCUCUAUAAAGUCCCCUGUUCAGACACCAUGCUCUUCGAAGGUUUCUCACCACAUGAACCAUGUUAGCCCCCAUGCUAGGAUAUAUAGGAGCUAUGUUGGUCCAAAAGAUCCAAAUCAUAGGAAAAUGGCAAGUAGUGGAGCUUCCAAGUGUUUGCAAGUUACUCCAAGUGCUUCACAGACUUUAGAUGGAGCUGCAUGUAGCAGUCCAGCUAACAAUAUUAAGGUUGAUGGAUCUGCUGCUAACUCAGCCAAUGAGGCAAUGGUUGAUAAAACUAUGAAACACCCUAAAGUGAACAUAAAGAAAGAUAGGAACUCAGACAAAAUCAAUGAAGAUGAUCAGCAGGAUUCUGAUGUUGAGAUUAAAAGUUCAAGGCUGAAGCGUAGGAAUUGUUUCAGGAUUGGAGACCUCGACUCAGAUGAUAACCUGGAAGAUAAUUCCAGAUCAGCUAUAGAAGGCAAGAAGACUACAGCUGCUCUUGAGUCACUGAGCCAGGUCUUUGAUACAGAUUACAACAAGGAUGAGAGCCAAGACUCAAGUGAAUCCAACAAGGGUCACCAUUAUGAUUCUGAUACUGAUGUUGAGUCAUACAAUGCUGACGAUUAUGAUGCAAAUGCUAAUGAUGCUGCCACAAUAAAUGCAUAUGAUGGAGAAUCUUAUGCGAAGAAAAACCAGAAAGUUAAACAAAUGGCUAUAAAAGACUUUGAAAAUAGUUUUAAGGACACUUCAAAGCCAAUAAAGGUGAAAGCGCCAAUUAAUCUCACUACACAGAGUCAGGUUUGUAGUACAAGUGCAAUAUCAUAUCCAUCCUCUAAGCCACAAGCCAUUAAGAGCCCAGCGAAAGAGAAAAUAAAAGCAUCUGCAUUUUCUAAGCUAGUUAAAUCAGAAGGUAACUCAAGAAAGAAAUUCAAGUUUUCUAAAAUCAAGGCCAAAUUGAAGUGCAAUAUUCCAGAUAAGACCGCAAGAAGUGAUAGUGACUAUGAUAUUGAAAACAUUUCACAAAACAACACUGAUGUUGAGACUGAUCUUAUACAAGACUAUGAAGAUAACAUGCCAGGUGAUGUUCAUCACAAUGGUGCUAAAAGGGAUGACAUUGAGUAUGUGAUAGACUCUUCUAUUGAAUCUAAAUCUAAUCAAUCUUGUGUAAUUGAAGGGAAAAGUCAAAGUGGUAAUGAUAUGAGUCAUUCAGGAAAUGACAAAGGAGUGGACAAUAUUGCAAUUCACGAUACAGAUGAAAGUGAGCAUAAGAUGGAUGUAAAUGCAAGAUCUCUUCCACAUGAAACCAAAGCCAAUAGACCACUCCCAUCCCCCACCGAUCAUGACCCUAUUCCCCCAAAGAUAAGUGAUCUAAAUGCUAUAAUAGCUCAGAAAGCUGCAACUGACAAAGGUGAUGCUAGUCCUCCACCAGCAAAAGAUCUUGAUGCAAUAAUAGCUGAGGAAACCGCAGCUGCUGCUCUUGUGUUCUCUCCUGGUUUCAGCAAUGCGUCCACUAUGAUUGGAUCACCCUGGGUAUGCCCUAACUGCCAAUGUGACAACAAGCCAACAUAUGAAGAUUGUGAUGGAUGUUUUGAACCGAGACCUAAAGUUGAAGAAACUCCCAAAGAUGAAGGGAGAGUAGUGAACCUUGACAAAGUCCCUGUUUACCCAGAAUUCCGAUAUAGAUGUAGCAGAAACACCAACAGAAUCUUCCUCUAUGAUCAGGAAGGAACAUCUUUAGAGAGUAACUUCACUGUGUUAGAUGUUGAAUCUGGUAACCUGGAUGGACUUCCUGAUGUACUACUCCAUCCAAGGAAUCUCAUGAUAGUGCAGAGGUUUGCCCGCCUCUGGAAUAGUCUGUCCAAAGUGUAUCAAAGGAGGAUUAUAAAAAGUGGAGAAUUGUUCACCAACCCUUGCCUCUUCACUGAAGAAAUAAAACAGAAGGCUAAGUCAACCUUUCAACGAUAUAGGACCAAGGCCAAUGUUGCAGUUACAGCUUGGAAAACAGCAGAAGAACAAAAUGGUUCAGUUCGUAUUAUUGCUAAACCUCCAUCAAAAUCAAAACAAAAGAAGACCAAGAAUUGCACCUUGAGUAACCCUGACAGUGAUCCUCCACGGCAGAGCUUUACUGCAAGCAAUAGGCAAAGCCCUGAGAAUACAUUCUCCACAAUCAAAACCAAACAACCAGAACACAAUCAAACUGGAAAGGAAACCAGUACUACUCCUAGUGUAUCUGCCAGUGGAAACGAAGCUAAGUGUCUUACUCCCAGGACUAUUAUAAAUGAUCUGAGGAACUCCAGUGCUGAUGGGAUAUCUAACACCUCCAGUGACCUACCUAGACCUGCAGAUGGACUUACUAAGGGUUACUUACAGGCCCUGACCACUGAUGCUAUUCCAAUUUGUAUGGAAUGUAACAAGCCAGUGAACAACCCACUAUUGAAGAAAAGCACACUACAGAACAGUAAGAAUGCCUGGGACCUUAGAUUCUGCUCCAGGGAUUGUGCUGAGGCCUCAUUUAUGAAGACUAGCAGAGAGUAUGCUGUGAAGGAAGUGUUCCAGGCAGAGAGAGGGGUCUGUCAGAUGUGCAAGUUUGACUGUGAACAUCUCAGACUUACACUAAGCGACAGUGCCAGUCUGAAGGAGCGGGCUACCACAAUAGACUCAAGCAUAUAUAAAGUACUGAGUGUUAGUGAGAAGCAGGCAAUGAUCAAAAGACCACAGAUAAAAGGCAAGUUCUACCAGGUUGACCAUAUAGUGCCAGUGAUGGAGGGAGGAGGCUGGGCUGAUUUGACCAAUCUACGCACUCUCUGUACAGUCUGCCACAAGCGUGUCACCUCAGAACAAUUGAAGAAUAGAUCUAAAACAAAGGCUGCUAGAAACACUAAACAUAUUACAACAUUUUUCAAAUCAUUUUCAAAUCAAAGUUAACUUUGGAUUGUAGUGUGCAGAAUAAAACAGAGUUCAUGCAGAGCUGUAGUAAUUUGGUCUUAAAAUAGUAGAGGCAAAUUUAAUAACUUAAGUAAGGCAAAAACUCCAUGUAAAACAGUAUUGAUAUCAAACAAAUAAUGAGCCUUUGAAUUUUCACAUUUAGUGAUCAUUUUCAAAAUGACUGCCAUCUUUUCACCUUCUAUGAGAUUACAUGGGAGUAGAGAUGGAUGGAAGUAUAUACAUGCACAUGCUCUGAUGUACGCAUCUACUAGCACAGAAAACUACUCAAAAAAUACCUAAUGAAGUUAGAUAUAAUAUAAUAAUGAGAUAUAAUAUAGAGGUCACUGCGUGCAAGGAUUCAAACUUGCAAGACAGUAUUCUACCAGCAGUGUUUUAUGAUCUAACAAUGUAUUGUUAAAAACGAAGCUUCUUGAUGUGUUGUACAACUGUACUUGGAUAUUAUAAAUAGUUCAUUCAGCUAACUCAAUUUUUUUAUAUGUAUGUCAGUCAAAUACUUCAAAAACAAAUGAAUCAUCAGUAUAGAUACUCUGCAUGGCCAACAAAAUAAUUAUUGAAAUAAAGACAAGGCACUAGCAAAAUGUCACAACCUGCCAUUUGUUACAGAUGCUGAACACCGUCCACAAAAAGUUGGAGACUA